AUCAUAAGUUGUUUUACAAGCCCACAAACACUUAAACAGCAGUAAUAUUCUGUUUCUCGUUUGUAGUGUUUUUAUAUAUAUAUAACUGAGGUUAAAUUAAUUUGAACGAUGAGAUAUCUGUGAAACCGCAUGCAACUUAGAGCUGUUCCUUCAAUAACACACAGUCUUCCCAGACCUGCGUGGUUCACGAGGGAGGGACACUGCAAGACGCAUUUGACUUACUGUCGUUUGACACAAUCAUCAUCAAUGAGGACAUUAGGAAUGGCUGUGUUGAAGCAACAAAGAGUGGAGGAUUUCUAUGAUAUUGGAGAAGACCUUGGGAGUGGACAGUUUGCUAUCGUGAAACGCUGUAAGGAGAAAAGUACAGGUGUGGAGUACGCUGCAAAGUUCAUAAAGAAGCGGCUGAAUCGGGUGAGCCGGAGGGGCGUACGGCGAGAGGAAAUCGAAAGGGAGGUUGACAUCCUUCAGGAGCUCCAACACCCCAACAUCAUCUCAUUACAUGACGUUUACGAAAACCGCACUGACAUAGUGCUCAUCCUUGAGCUAGUAUCUGGAGGUGAACUUUUUGAUUUCUUGGCCCAAAAGGAGUCAUUGAGUGAAGAAGAGGCUACAGAUUUCAUCAAACAGAUCCUUGACGGAGUUCAAUACCUCCACUCCAAGAAAAUUGCACAUUUUGACCUAAAGCCUGAAAAUAUCAUGCUGCUGGACAACAACGUCCAAACACCCCGAAUCAAGCUUAUCGACUUCGGUUUGGCGCACAGAAUCAAGGACGGAGUUGAAUUCAAGGACAUUUUUGGGACUCCGGAAUUUGUUGCUCCAGAGAUCGUCAAUUAUGAGCCGCUGGGAUUAGAGGCAGACAUGUGGAGCAUCGGAGUCAUCACAUAUAUCCUAUUAAGUGGGGCAUCGCCGUUCCUUGGCGACUCGAAGCAGGAAACCCUCGCGAACAUUUCAGCCGUCAACUAUGAAUUUGACGAGGACUUUUUCGGAAGCACCAGUGAGCUGGCCAAAAGUUUCAUCAAACAACUGCUUGUCAAAGAUACGAGAAAGAGACUAAAGAUAAAUGAUGCGCUCAAUCACCCCUGGAUAAAGUCUCACACAUAUUUGGAGGACAGCAGUGCCGCCUUAGAGGCGCAGACAAGAGUGGAAUCAGGGCAGCUGAAGACCAAAAGGCUGAGAGAGUACACCAUAGAGUCACACUCCAGCAUGACACCCAACAAUACCUACGUCAACUUUGAGCGUUUCGCCAGAGUGGUCCAAGACAUCUCGCUAAUGGAAACGGGUCUGGAGGAUGCGGCUCAAAAGCGUGAAAGUCUUCAGGGGGACGUCGAGGCUCUUUUGUCCAUCUACGGCGAGAAGGAAACCUGGUACAAAGAGGAAAGCGAAAGCAUACGGCAGGAACUUUCACAGGUGCGAUAUGAGUUUCGUAAAGCAGAGGCCUUGAGAAGAAGCCUACAGGAAGACUUGAGGAAAACUGACGACGGCUUAACCAACAUUAGCAGACGUUUCCUGACGAGAGAAGCCAAUCUGAGUUCCCUCAGACAGGAGAUGGAUGCAGAACUUCAGUGGCUACAGGAGGUUAUGAAAUCACUAAAUGGAGAAGCUGAGAAUGGGAUCCAAACGUUGAACAGUGAGGUGAACGAGGCACUGAAGGAGUUGUUGAGCAGGGACUGUGAUGGCCAGCUAUGUCCCGGAGCACAGCCACACAUUUCAGAAUCGGGCUAAUGGUUGUAAUACAUUGAGAUUGAAGUUGUGCAUGCUGUUUAAUGAGAGGUAGAGCAACACUUAUAACUGGAGGAGGACAUGUCAAAAACGUCUUGGUUCAUUACCCCCACAUUAUAAAUGACCAUUAUAUUUUAUGAGUUUUGUUUUGCUUGGCUGCAAUGCAAAGAUAAACAUUGUAGCUGACCAUAAAACAUUUCUUAAUCAGUAUUUAUGUCUUGUUUUAGUAAAAAUAAACUACACGUUUGUGGUCAGAAAAAUAAGCUUAAAGGGACAGUUCACCCAAAAAUCAAGUUGUUGUAAGUUCUCAAGUUGAAUUCCAUAAUAUUUUUUCUUACUAUAGAAAGUCAAUGGUGCUCCAAAACUGCUUGUUUACAAUUAUUCCUCAAUGUUUUUCACUUUGUGUUCAGCUGAACAAAUACAUUUAUACAGGUUUGUAACAUCUUGAGGGUGAGCACAUUUUCUUUUGCUUGGGUAAACUAUCCCUUUAAUUCACAAUUUAUCACCUGCAAAGAGGUUUUCUUUACUUGCACAAAUGUGUAUCCUCUUUUAAAGUCUGUGUAAAGCCAAUUUGUUACAAAGAUGUGAACUAUGUAGUACUGAAUUGUGGAUUUUUUUCCAUUUCUGAGUUCAGUAUUUUUUGGGCGGGCCUAAAACGGUGGCUCGAUAAAGCACUGGAGCCACUGAGCAUGGUCCCGCCCCUAACACAAUCGCGAGCAUCCAUUCAGGUUGUAGCGGUGUUUGAAAGUUGAAAGAGAUGGCAGCUUUUCCUCAAGUGGGCGUGGUUUCAGCUCUGACAGUGGACACGCCCCCAGCGUUUGAAGGCAGAGAAUCCUGCCUGUUUUUCAAGAUUUUAUUUUAUUUACUGGGUGUUUUUUCAUCAGUCAAAUUUGGUUGGGUGGUUAAUGACACAUUUUUUUGUGGUUUGACAUUUAAUAUCGGACUUUACACAUACUUUGAGCGAGCGUGCAGACCAAAGCGUUUAAACGCCAGGCAGACACUGACUGUAGGCGCUUGCCAGCUUUUUUCAGCUGAGCGCUGCAGAGGUGGACACUACUUUAGUAUUUUAGUUACAUUUUCCAAGCAUCUGUGCUUUAUCAGAGUGUUUGCCUUGGGAAAAAUUUUACUUUACUAAAAAUUUUUCACUACAUUCUAAAGCAUAGAAUCAUACUGUGUAUUCCUUCCUUAAGUAAAAGUAAAAAAUUUACUAGGUGUUUAAUGUACUUAAAUAUUAAAUAUAAACCAAAAGCUUGAAAUUAUGUGGAGUGUAGUGGAGUAAAAUCUAUGAUAUAUGCUUUGGAAUGUAUGUUUUCCAAAGAAAAACACUGAUAAAAUACGAAUACUUGAAAAUGUACUUUUAUGUAGGAAGUAAAAAUUCUUAAGUAGUGUCCGCCUCUGAGCUUUGGUUGCUAUGAUACUUCUGCUUUGUUUAUCAGUCAUUGAACGAUGCGCUGGUUGGCUGUUGUGAUGUUUGUCCCGCCCCUCCUCCGCUGUGAUUGGAUGACCAAGUUAGAAGUGACAUUGCUGUGCUAAGCAUUUUACCCAAAGUUGAACAUUUUUCAACUCUUGGCGAGAAACAGUGUUUUUAAAAAGCGCUGUGCUUCCAUUGGAAACAAUUGAAAACAUAUUUUGUCUGCCAGUGUAAACGAUUUGAUGUGCACGCUACACCAAACGUGGUAGAGGCGGCAAAAUUGCGCUAUUUGCAAGUAGUUGGACGCUUGAACAUUUUGAGUUUACUCGCUUCAUUUGCGCGUGAAAGCCACGCGUGGAAUUCAAGUCAUUUAAUGCUACGUACACACCAAACGUGGGGCAUCGCGUUACUCGCUCUAGAUUACUCGCGGGAUUUAAUUUCGUGUCAUGCAAAUUUUUCACUUGAAUGUUUUCAACUUGGAUGAAGAAAGCGUUUGAGGCGAAUAGCGCGUGUUUUCCCGCCCAUAUCGCAUCGCCCUACACGAGGAUGCGUCUAAUCGUAUCUUUGCAUUGACUUUGUAUGUAAUCUACUCGCGCAAAUCGUUGAACACGCAUCUGGUGUUAACCCACAGUCAGACAUUCACACGGAAAUUCACGUCAUGGGAGGGGCUUCUGCGACUCCGCUCGCUUCCUGUAAUCAUGUCAUUACUAGAGCAAGCUCCUGAUUGGUUAACGCAGCACGAUUUUCCGCCAAAGUUCAGAUUUUUCAACUUGGGUGUUUCCCGUUCGCGUCAUUCGCACGUCAAUUCGCAUCAACUAGACACGCGAAUGAGGCGGAUUCACAUCUACUGCGCCAUGCUAAAUGCCGCGAGACCUCCAGAUACGCCUAAACGUGUCUUUACAUGGACUUAACAUUGAAAUCACUUGCGCUGGUGUGAACGCAGCAUAAGAAUAUUUAGAUAUGUGGGCUAGGGCACAUGCAUACUGUGUGUUUUUAUUGUAAGUUAUUACUAAAGGGCAUUUAGGAGACUUUAAAAUAUUUAAAUCAUCAGUCUGGAUGUUCCUGUCAGUAUUAUUGUAGAAUUUAUUGCAUUUAUGGUAAAACACUGACCAAACAUCCACACGUUUUCUUUUUUAUUCCUUUGUUAUCUUUAUGCAUAUUUUGUUUAUUGAUGCCGAAUAUGAUUUUGGAUGUUUCUCACAAGCGGUUACAAAAGUUCUCUAUUUUAUUUUAUUUAUUUAUUUUUAUUAUAAAUGAGUACAUUAAAAACUUAUAUAUAUGCUGUUGUCGCUUUUUUUAAACAUCAGAUAUUUCAUCAAAACAUUUAUCAUUUAACUUUUGAACCUCCAGCACUUGGCCAUCGUCUUUUCCUCAGGAUGUUUUGGCCAGCAUGCUUGACGUAAACAGUGAUGUUGUGUCUGUCUACACUGAAUAAAGCACUGCAAUGAUGAUUAUAUACCUUAUGCUGAUCAUUAGACACAGCUGGCUGUGGUGCAUUGUGGGAUUGAAGGAGAUAAAGUGUAAUCAGUCUCUAAGGAUUGCUGUAUUGUUGUAUUUUGUAGAAAGCAUAUUUAGAAUUAAAGGAUUUGAUACCUCUCAUUGUAAGCCAUAAAGUGUCUCUUGUGACCUGGAACAGCAAGCAAACAACCAAGACACCCUAGUAACCCACCAAAAAGUACACCUUAGCAACUGCAUAACAAUGCAUACACC